AUGUCUAAAUCAAUAAAGCACAAAAAACAAACCAAGAUACCUGUACAACAAACUCACAUUCAAAAGACAAAACAUAAAAAGCGCGUGAAAGGAUCUUCAGAAUUAGACAAUCCUAAAUUUGCAAGCAAGAAUUUCAUGCUAGAUUUAGUUGAAAAAGCAGCCAAAAAAGAAGAUGAAAAAGUGAACAAGAAAUUAGAAAAAAAGGCACAAAUUGCAAAAAUCAUUGAAGAAAAAGCAGCUAAAAAAGACUUGAAGGCAGAAAAGAAAAAGGAAAAAUUAGAACAAAUCAAGCAAGCUUAUCUUGAAGCACAAAAGAAAAAGAAAGCAGAAGCCAGAAAACAAAAAAUCAAGGCAAAGAUAGACGCCACCAAAAAGGAAGAGGAACCUGAAAAGAAAAAGAAACGUGUUCGAUUUGCAUAA